CGGAUCCUUAUUUUUUGCCAUCCUCAGAAGGCAGAAGUAUAACCUUUUCUUUCUCUUCCAAGAGCGUGUCCGACUCGGGCAUAGCUCUGUUAUUACAAGUGUCUGUUACUCUAUUUGCUCAAUCUUUCUGACAUGGAUGCAGGAAAUUUCCUUGAGGCGAUCCCUAUGGGUCUCGCAUUGGAAUGGGAGAGAGAGAAGACAAGGCUUAUGAAAGAGUCGCUGAAACAUGAUGAAGUUGCAUUUCUAGAGAAGGAGCUAGAACGCUCGAUGCUAAUAGUAAAGAGGGAGGAGAUGCUUCAAGAGAUAAAAAUUGAGGAAAAAUUGGUUGAUGAUUUCAUGGUUUUCAUUGGAGCUGUUGAGAAUAACGAUGUCGAGAUUGCUCAGAAUUUUGAUGAGAAAGCUAUGAUGGACGCUAUUAUUUCUAUGCUGAAGGGUGAUGGCAACUCUGGCUGGAACGGUGAAGGAUUUGGCGGCAUUUACGGUGAGAGUUACGAUCUUGAUGUCACUAUUGAAGGAGCAGAGCGUGACGGCGGUGAAGGCAGCAACGCUGGUGGAGAGGGCGGCUGUUGCGAUGGUGACCGCCUUAAGUAGGAUCAUUGGUGCAAAUGGCGGCUGCGCGCCGUAAGUAGGGUCAUGGGUCAUUGGUGGGUUAUGGAAAACUCUAUUUAAUGAUCUAUUUUAGGAAUAAUUAUGAAAAAUUAGUGUACAAGUACUUGUACUUUGCUUGGUGCUGAUAAAAUUUGGAUUUCUUCAAGUGCGUUAAAGGCAUGUUUUGUGUGUAUUUAAGUUUAUAAAUUGCUGCUUGAAACACAGGUACAGCUUUAUUAUUAGUACUUAGUAGCAAGUUGGUGCUUGUAGAAAUGGGAUAGUGUUGGAUCCAUUGAGUAACAAGCUAGCCGGAACCUCCAUUUUCUAUAGAUCCUAAAUAAACUUAAAUGUGCUUCUA